ACGACGUGUCCACUCAUAACGCGAGCGCAAAUCUGGAAGACGCAUGUGUGAUCAUGAAUAUUCUAAUAUUAACUCUGGUGAUAUUACUAUGUCUUAAUCAAAAUGUGACCGGUCAUCCGCUGUUUGACCUCCUCGCUGCAAAGUUAAAUGAUUUCGCCUCCACUGUGACAAAGACAUUCCAUCACAUAAGACUAGAAGUAAGAAAACUGUUCCAGCCGCCGCAUACAUACGAACAACUGCCGUCAGCAUCACUUCAGUAUGGGGAUUCAAUUUUCAAGAGGACUUUCAACGAUUUUGUGGAAAUGACAGCUGCAGAAAACGAGACGGAGAUUCCUGAAUACAUCAAUUUGAAGUCUGAGCCGACUGCUCUCAUGUCGACUCCGCAGCUGGCCACCUUGCACGGGAGGAGAGUGGAGUCGCAUCUUGUCCACACUCGAGAUGGCUACAUGCUUACCCUGCAUCGAAUAUCUCCCAGAACCGAUAGGACUCCUGCAAUGAGAGUGGUGAACCAAACAGUGCUACUUCAUCAUGGAUUACUCGGCAGUUCCGCAGAUUGGAUUCUACUGGGACCUGAAAAGUCGUUACCUUAUAUCCUAACCGAUUUUGGGUACGACGUCUGGAUGGCUAAUGCGAGGGGUAACUACUAUUCACGUGGCCAUGUUAGAAUGUCAGUAGAUUCGGUGGAGUUCUGGAAGUUUUCGUUCCAUGAAAUAGGAGAAUACGAUUUGCCCGCGGUUGUUGAUUAUAUUCGAUAUGUAAAAAAAAGCAACGACCCUAUCGAUUUUGUCGGACAUUCAAUGGGUGCCACAGCACUUCUUGUGAUGCUUUCGACUUUACCUGAGUACAAUCAGUAUUUAAGAAUUGGAAUUCUUUUGGCACCCCUAGCUUUCAUGAGUAAUGUUGAAGGGCCGUUUAAAGUUCUGACAGCCAUGGCAAACAGCCCACCUGCGCAACUGCUGAAACUAAUAGGAAACAAAGAAUUUGUACCAACACGGAAAAUCCCAAAAUGGCUUGCGCUGAAAUAUUGUAAAGGACCCUUACUGUUUUGCUGUAAUCCAUUAUAUUUCAUCAGUGGUGGAAUUCCGGAAGACAACCACGCGUGGAAUCUUAGUUUUCUAGCGAGAAUGCUGUACCACGUGCCAGCCGGCGGAUCUACUGAUACAAUGCUUCACUAUGCUCAGAUUGUAAAAAGUGGCAAGUUUCAUAAGUAUAACAAAGUUCAUGAAGAGUAUUCGUUGAACAAGAUAUCGUUGCCCAUCGUUUUGUUCAGCUCCAGUGAGGAUUGGCUGGCCACAAUCCCAGACGUAUUGAGAUUGUAUUUCAGCAUAACGAAUCCAAUAGAUCACUACAUUAUACGAGGCAGGAACAUGAGUCAUACCGAGUUCGUUUGGGGUGCUCACGCAGAUGAAUUAGUUUUCACAAAAAUAAUUGAAUUUUUAGACAGUGGCAUAAGGGUGCUCGGCAGUACCAAAAGCAAUGAAGUUCGUAAUGAUCUUGAUUAAUAUAUGUGACUUUAAAUCAACUGUAUCUCACACGGCCAUACUUGAAUUAUUUUUGUAUAAAACAGCCUUUUACUGUUUUUUUUUUUACAUAAAAUUGAAAUAAAGAUGUGACGAAAACGCUCUCAUUGGGUAAAUACCUAACCACGCCAUACGAAAUAAAUGCAGCAAAGCGAUUGAAUUGUAUCACUCCCGUGAAGUAUCGAAGUAAGUAUGUUGAAUAUAUAUUUUUACAAUUCAAACUGACCUCUUACGAUUUAAAAUUUUAGAAUCCCCCGGGAAUUUUUCGUAGUGUCGCAGGCAACUCAUCAAACUUUUUCAUAAUAUUCCUGGCAUAAAGUACACAUAGCUUGUUAAGCUCAGAUCGGCUGGCAACAUGUAAAAGCGUUUGCAAACUUCAUGCUAACGACGUGACUGUGUGCCCACCUAUGAAUGGCAAUAUGCAAGUUUUAUCACCAGGAACGGGGAGGACCCUGUACGCCAUAUUUAAAUCGUCAAUUUUGGCAAGUUCAAGAUAUUUUAGCAGCUGCUUAUCUUCUUUCGGCGGAGAAAACCAUUGUUUACUUCUAGUCUAACUUUAAAUGGUGAUGAUGUUAUAUCUAUUGUUAUCUUAAGCAAACAAAAAUAAUUGCAUGUUUUUAAUGUCUCCAGACCGAUAUGGACCCACAUAUGUUUGCUUUUGCCUUUUGAUGUAAAAAGAGCUCUAAAAUUCGCAAAUUAUUUGCGAGCAGCAACUCGUUUUAUUUGCCAAAGCUUAUUUAGAUAUCGAGAAAUAUUCAGUGUGCACUCUAAUAGUUUAUUUACAUGCAGGGUCUUUGAUAUGAGCAAAUAGCUUCUAACUAAUAUUCAUAGCUGAACUCUUUGAGGGAAUAUUUCAAACCGUAUUUUGUAUGCUGGCAGCUCUUACAUGCUCUUACAUCAAUGAGAGCUAUUCGCAAUAUUUGUUCUAUAUAUUAUGUUAAGACUGGUACACAUGAGUGACUACAGUUAGGCGAAAAGCGUUGCCGACUAGGUAAAUAAUAAAAUGGACGUACAAAAUGUACACUUUACUAUUUGCUCUAAUUAGUGCAGGUACAAGAAAAUAAUGAGCGUAAAUAAAUAUUGUGCAUUUUAGUUUGAAUUUAUAUUUUAUGUUUCUUGUGCCAAAACGUGUCUAUAGCAUUUAGCUGAUAUGGAAACUUAAAUAGUACUAGAUAUUAUUACUGUUCUUGUUGUAAUCAAACUUCU